AGGAAGCCGGGGAGGAAGGUACCGGCGCUUCCCUCCCCGCCCCGCUCCCCGCCCGCCUCCCCGGGCAGAGGCUCCCCCGGCCGGGACGGGGACGGGGCCGGGCCCAGCCCGAUCCCCUCCGAGGGUCUUCGUGGCACAGAUAUCUCUCUGUCAAGAUCCAUUUGCAUCCCUGUUAUCCCAGAGCCCUGGAAGCCCCCUCACUUCUUGUCCUCCCAGUUCCACCUCCUGCUGUAGUUGAGUUGUGGGGACAAUGGAGCUCAGGACUGUGGUAGCCACCGUGGAAAGCGGGGAGCAAGACACAGUUCUCAAGGUGCUUCAGGUCUACAACCAGGAGAAAUCUCAGUGCUUCAUCUUUGAUGAUGAGGAGCGAGAAGAGAGGAAGAAAAUGGCCCAGCUGCUGAUCAAGUUCCUGGAAAGAGAGCUGCAGCCAUCCUGCCAGGUGACCUGUUUGGAGAGCAUCCGCAUCCUGUCUCGGGACAAACACUGCCUGGACCCCUUCGCCACCAGGGAAGGCCUGAAGACCCUCUCCAGACACGCGGGCAUCGAGUACUCAGAGGAGCUCAUCCGGGAGGUCCCAGACUUGGAUGUCAUCCUGGAGUCCCUCAAAUGUCUCUGCAACAUUGUCUUCAGCAGCCCCAGGGCUCAGGAGCUGACUGCUGAAGCCCGGCUGGUGGUGGGCCUGGCCAAACGCAUCAAACUCUACAACGAGAGGAGUCUUCCUCACCAGGUCAAGUUCUUUGACCUGCGUCUCCUGUUCCUGCUGACAGCCCUGAGGGUGGACAUCAGGCAGCAGCUGUCCCAGGAGCUCAGGGGCAUCAGCCUGAUGACAGAUACCCUGGAGCUGACCCUCGGUGUGAAGUGGAUGGACCCCUACGAAGUGGCCACUGAGGAGGGACUUCUGCCACCUCUGCCCCGGCAGGAGACAGAGCGGGCCAUGGAGAUCCUGAAAGUGCUCUUCAACAUCACCUUUGACUCCAGCAAGAGGGAGGUGGAUGAGGAAGAUGCUGCUUUGUACCGGCACUUGGGUGCCCUCCUGCGCCACUGCCUGAUGAUCUCUGCUGAUGGAGAGGACCGGACAGAGGAGUUCCACAGUCAUACAGUCAACCUGUUGGGCAACCUGCCCCUCAAGUGUCUGGAUGUCCUCCUGACCCCCAAAGUCCGUCCAGGCUCACUGGAGUACAUGGGUGUCAACAUGGAUGCUGUCAGCAUCCUGCUGGAUUUCCUGGAGCGACGCCUGGACAGGGGCCACAAGCUGAAGGAGAGUUUGACCCCUGUGCUGAACCUGCUGACAGAGAGUGCCCGAGUCCACCGCCAGACCAGGAAGUUCCUGAAGGUGAAGGUGCUGCCACCGCUGCGGGACGUGCGGAACCGCCCGGAGGUGGGGAGCUCUCUGCGGAACAAGUUGGUUCGUUUGAUGACCCACAUCGAUACCGACGUCAAGCACUGUGCUGCAGAGUUCCUCUUUGUGCUCUGCAAGGAGAGCGUGUCCCGGUUUGUGAAGUACACGGGGUACGGGAACGCAGCGGGGCUGCUGGCGGCACGAGGCCUCAUGGCAGGAGGUCGGGAGGAGGGAGAGUACUCAGAGGAUGAAGACACAGACACGGAGGAGUACAAAGAGGCAAAGCCCAACAUUAACCCUGUGACGGGACGUGUCGAGGAGAAACUGCCCAACCCCAUGGAAGGGAUGACUGAGGAGCAGAAGGAGUACGAAGCCAUGAAGUUAGUCAACAUGUUUGACAAAUUGUCCAGGGAGCAGGUCAUCCAGCCCAUGGGCAUCACACCCAGUGGCAACCUGGCCCCCAUGGAGAAUGCCAUCCGUGACAUGGCCGACGAGAGGUCCUCCUCUGACUCGGACCUGGGGCUGGACUGACCCCGAGCUCUCGGGGAGCUGGGGAGCCUCUGGCUGCUCCCCCUCCAGAACUGGUGCUCGUACUGGGCCAGGACACUCCUCGUGGGACUGGGAUCCAGACUGGGCCCCUCACAGUCCACACCAAGGAACUCCUCCUGCCUCCUUCCCAGCUCCGUCACCACCUCUCCUUCCAGAGGGUCUGCACAGCCUGGGCUUCCACCUUGGUCUCUCUGGCCAGCAGCCUUGAGGAUUUCACACUCCAAAUUGCUUCCGGGACUUGCCAGUAGGAUUUUAUUUUUUAAUAAUAGUGUUUGGGAUGAAGAGUGGGAUGGGGAGGAUCUUUUCAUCACGCCAGCAGGAUCCAGCAGCAGCAUACCCCCAGGGAAAGGGGGACAGUCCCUGGGGGCUGUGAAUGUGUCUGUGCAUAAACAGGAGUUGGGAGGGUUUGGGGGUGUGCAGGUGGGGGAGCAAGGGCUGUGCUCUGCCUGCUUGGGGUGACCCAAACCUUCCCCCGGGGGAGCAGUGCAGGUGGCUGCCAGGAGAAGGCUGCUGCUCUGCCCCUGACACCACAUUCCUGUCACCAAGGGGUCCAGGGCUUGGCAGUGGCCUUCCCCCAGCUCACAUGUCCCAGAUGAGAGGCCAAAAUCUGUGUUGGCUGCUGCCUCCCCCCAGCCUUCCCCAUGAGCCUGCUGCUCUCUGCACCAGGGGCUGGGGUUGGUCCUGUCCUUUGCUGUGGCUUAGAUUUUUCUUUUUCUUUUCUGUUGUUUUUGGUUCUGUUGUUUGUUGGUUGGUUUUUAAGAAAAUUGUUUUAAAAAUCUUCCAGUUUGUCUCACGUACCAGAGUUCCCAAAACUUAUGUCACAAGUAGGAAUGCAAAAUGGUAGAUGAAAAGAACAUGUGAGAAGUGGGCACGUGGCUGUGGCUGGUGGCACGGGGUAGCUCUGAGCCAGGAAGGAAGGGGAAGGAGCUGUGGUUUCUUCUGACUGGAGCUUUGGUUCUGCUCCCAUCACCAUGAGCUUUGGUUUUUUUUGAGAGGUAAAACUGUAGCAUGGAAAUGGGGCUAAACCAGAACCUUUCCUUUGCAGCAGCUGUGAUUAUGGUUCCAGGCUCCCCCAGGGGUGUGGGAUAUUGAUGUAAAGCUGACCCAGAGGCUCAGGAACAAGCUCCCAUCAUCAGAACAGCAGCUGGGGUUUUCAGACCAGCUGCAUCUCUCUCCUUUUUUAAGUAAUUGGCAAAAACAAAACUGAGAACACCACAGCCCAUCCCUGUGCUCCUGCAGAGCUCUGAGCUCCCUCCAGCUGUUACAGCUCUCCCAGGCUUUCCAUGCAAAGAGAAGUAGGAGAGGUGUGUUUAAUGCCAAGCUUCUGAUGUCCUUGUGCUCUAUGGCUGUACUCUAGCCAAGAGCCAAACUCUGUUCCUGGACAU